AGGGCUGGGGGGGGGCGGGCCGUGCGGGCAGGCGGCGGAGAGGCCGCGGCAGCAGCGAGCUGUUGGCAUGAACAGAAUUCGGAUCCACGUCUUGCCGUCCAGCCGAGGCCGCCUCACGCCCGUGCCGCGGCCCCAGGAGCCUCUGGCAUGUGCCUUCACCCACCGGCAGUGCUCGCAGCCGCGCCUGGAGGGCCAGGAGUUCUGCAUCAAGCACAUCCUGGAGGACAGGAGCGCCCCUUUCAAGCAGUGCAGCUACGUCUCAGCCAAGAACGGGAAGCGGUGCCCGAACGCCGCGCCCAAACCGGAGAAGAAGGAUGGCGUGUCGUUCUGCGCGGAGCACGCCCGUCGGAACACGCUGGCGCUCCAGGCUCAGAUGAAGAAGUCCAACCCCGGACCCGCGAGCGAGACGCUCCUCUGCCAGCUCAGCUCUUACGCCAAAACGGAGCUGGGCUCCCAGACCGCCGAGAGCAGCCGCAGCGAAGCCAGCCGCAUCCUGGAUGAGGACAGCUGGAGCGAUGGCGAGCAGGAUCCUAUCACCGUGGACCAGACGUGGCGAGGGGACCCGGACAGCGAGGCUGACAGCAUCGAUAGCGACCAGGAGGAUCCCUUGAAGCACGCUGGCGUGUACACAGCCGAGGAGGUGGCGCUGAUCAUGCGAGAGAAGCUGAUCCGCCUGCAGUCCCUCUACAUCGACCAGUUCAAGCGGCUCCAGCACCUGCUGAAGGAGAAAAAGCGACGAUACCUGCACAGCCGCAAGGGCGAGCACGAAGCCAUAGGCGGCAGCCUCCUGACGGGCCCCGAGGGGCUCAUGGCCAAGGAGCGCGAGAACCUGAAGCGCCUCAAGUGCCUGCGGCGCUACCGGCAGCGCUACGGCGUGGAGGCCCUGCUGCACCGGCAGCUGAAGGAGCGCAGGAUGCUGGCAACCGACAGCGCUGCCCAGCAGGCGCACACCACCCGCUCCAGCCAGAGGUGCCUGGCCUUUGUGGAUGAUGUCCGAUGCUCCAACCCGUCUCUCCCGAUGACCAGGCACUGCCUUACUCACAUCUGCCAGGACGCUAACCAGACCCUGUUCAAGCCGUGCCAAGGCUCGGAGGAGGUGCCGUGCAACAAGCCCGUUCCUGCGAGCCUCUCCGAGGAGCCCUGCUGCCCGCUCCACCUCCGCCUGCCCCCGCAGAUGUACGUACCCGAGCAGGUGCUCUCUGUCCCCGAGGAGCUGGAAGCGGCCCCCACUGACCUGUACCUGAGCGCUGCCGAGCUCCAGCCGACGGAGAGCUUGCCCCUGGAGUUCAGCGACGUAAGUCGGGGCAGUUGGGCAGCGCGCUCCAGGACUACGCGGCCAGGCUGA